CCAGCGGGUAACAUAGAAAAUGUUACUCAGUUGUAAGCGGGGUACAUUCGUUGGUUCAUCCAAUCAGAAAAAGCAUUUAUGUGUGAAACAUCCGAGGCUGACACAUGGCGUUACUGGAAGUGUCUUCUGUUUGGUGCGGCUCUGUGUCUCGGUGCUCGGUGUGAAAACACAGAAAAUGAAGAGCAACUCUUCUUUGUGACCAUCGUGCCAUCAUCAUUUGUCCAGAACCAGAGGGCCGUGAUGACGGCAGUAAACGAUGUGCUGUAUAGUGUGAAGGACAUCACAGUAAAACAAGCUUUCAAGAUCGUUGGCAAGCCAAGAGUCGUCGCUAUUCUCAAGUUUCGAGCCCUGUGCGACUGGCGUCCUUUAGAAGAGGCCCUGGCUGCUGCAGGACUCAGCAUCGAUGUGAAAUCGCUGUACGGAGAACUGGAUCUCGAAAAUGAUUUGAAAGUAGACAAGGAACUCCUUGCAAAUGCUCAGCCACCAUCCAACAUAAGUGGGGAAUUCAUCUACCUCUUGGACGUCACCCUCUUAAUGAGUGGACAGACCGGUGCUUCCUACAAAGAGGAACUUCGUAGCUGCUUGGAGCUCAGUUUAAAAUAUCGUGCUAAUGCUCACAAAAAGUUUCUAAAUUACAACGUUCUCGGAGAAUUCCCAAUCCAGAUGCUGUUCUUUGACGUAGCUGACCCGAAAGUUGCCGAGUCGCUGCUCUGGCCGUUCAACGAGGGUCCCCUCGCGAUGACCGUUUCCAUGACACGCGUUGAAAAUUUCGCUGAUUAUCUGAACAACAACUAUUGUAAUUAACAUCCAAUAACGUCUUGUCUGUCUGAAUAAAGUCACCAG